AUGUCUCACAACAAAGCUAAACGAGCGUCCGAGAAACAGGACAAACUACUAUUCUUUAGCGCCAAACAAGGGCAAACGCGAGGAGCGGUAAUACAGGAGGAAUCCCAAGAUGGCGCCGAGACGGAUGGGGCCCAAGGAACGCACACUGAGGCUGCAAGCCGCAUACUCACCAUGGAGGGGCUGCAGGUUAUGUUCGAUGACAUGGCGGCAAAACUGCAAAGCACACUGCAGCAUUCAUUUACGGACCUCCGCACAGACAUCCACAAACUGAGCUCCCGCACCUCAGACCUGGAAAACCAAAUGGAGGCGCAAUCGGAGGCUCAUAACCGCCUGUCUUCCAAAGUAGACGAGGUAUGGGACAGAUUAAAUGAUUAUGAGGCCAAAAUCGCCCUCAGGAUCUGCCAGCUUACGCGACGGGGCUCUUCCACAUGCUUGUCCCCGACCUGCCACAGAACGUCCUGUUGA